AUGAUCGAGACCCUUCUUCGGCCGGCAGUGCUCGUUCCGGCCGUGGCCUUGGUCGCCUUCGUCAUACACCAGCUCUUCUUUGCCGGGCCGAAGCUUCCCAAGCUCCCCAUAUUAGGCGCAAAGGAAGGCGACUGGUUUCCCUUCUACCAAGCAACAUGGAGGAACACCAUCAACUUCAAGGCCGCGGUACAAGAGGCGGAUCAGAAGUACAGAGAUCAGGCCGUGCUGAUGCCCGUGGCCAUGGCCCAGAACAUGGUGUUGCUCCCCCGCUCUGAGACACAGUUCGUCACCGACCAGCCCGACUCGAAGCUCGAUAUGCACACCCAGGCCAUCGACGCCCUCCAGACAGAUUACACGACGACCGACCCAUCCCUCGUGCGCAACCCGGUACACCACAAGCUCAUCACCACCACCCUGACCAACCAGAUCGGCAACCUCGUCCCGGAUGUCGCCGAGGAGACGGCUUGGGCGUUCGACAAACACUGGGGCAACCCUGACGAGUAUCAGGAGGUCUGCGUCUACGACACUAUGCGCAAAAUCGUCGGCUGUGUCACGAACCGCGUCUUUGUGGGCAAGCCAAAGUGCCGAGACCCGGCGAUGCUCGUCGAGGAGCAUGGGAUACGCCCAGGACGUGCCCCUGACCUCGACAGUGUUGCGCAUGAUAUGGAAGCCCCUGCGGCCCCUCCGCGAUCCCGAGGACAAGUCGCACGGCCCCGAGCCCAACGACUUCCUCCAAUGGACCAUCAAGCAGGCCAAGGACAUGGGCGACCCCUACCUGUGGAAGCCAACCACCCUCGCCGACCGGAUCCUCCUCCCUCAACUUCGCCGCCAUCCACACCUCCUCACUUCACCAUCACCAGCGCCAUUCCUCGAACUUCAGCCGCCUCCAAGCAAGAAUACAUCGACGAGCUCCGCGCCGAAAUCGAGGGCGUCCUCGCCGAGCACAACAACCAAUGGGACAAGCGGGCCCUGGCCAAGAUGCAAAAGCUCGACAGCGUCAUGCGCGAGUCCGCCCGCCUCAACUCGUUCGUCACCAUCGGCCUCAGCCGCGCCGUCGUGGCCCCGGAGGGCAUCGUCACGCCCUCGGGCGUGCGCAUCCCGCGCGGCGUCACCGUCAACGUCCCCAGCUACCCGGUCUUCCAGGACAGCGCCAUCUACCCGGACGCCCGCGAGUUCAAGCCCUUCCGCUUUGCCGAGCAGCGCUCCGACGAGUCGGUCGAGUAUGUCAAGCGCGCCGCCAAGGCGUUCGCCACGACGAGCACGGAUUACCUCGCUUUUGGGCAUGGGCGGAAUGCGUGCCCGGGAAGGUUUUUUGCGGCGAAUGAGCUGAAGUUGAUGCUGGCGCAUCUGGUGCUGAGUUAUGAUAUUGAUAUUGGCGGGGAGCGGCCCCGUAAUUCAUGGUUUGGCUUGAAUAGGGUGCCGCCUCUUCAGGCUACGAUUCGCAUCAAGAAGAGGGUGAUGAAGUCAUAG